AUGACCCGCCUAAGGUCAUCCUCGAGACUCCUCCGAGGGGCCUCGGACCUGGGUCCUUCCGCGGCAAAUUCCAUCUCGUUUCGCUUUGGCGCCCAGGUGCUCCCGCCCCCGCUGGGAAGGCGAGGAAAACAAAGCCUGCGGCCAUCAAGGCCAGGCCGCCUCCCGCCCAAGGUCACGAUGACGAACGGCGCCGCCGGCCCCCGGGCCCCCGGCGUCGGGCCUCGGACGGGGCAAGCCCAGCCGCGCAACCGCCUGGGCCUCGGGGUUCUCCCCGCGCCCGGGCCGCUCUGGGGAGAGGUCGCCAGGCCCUUCCCGGGACCCGCUCCUCGCAGGCCCCGCGCCCUUCAAUGUCACCCUGAGCAGGGAGGACCCGCGGCGUCCCGUCCCCCCUUUCCCCGAGCUCCGGGCCAGGACGGGGCGGGGAGCUCGGCCGCCUUCCCCCCGGACAGCGGCGGGCCCGCCCGAGGCGCCCCCGCCGCCGCCUUACCUGCCCCCCGAGCCGCCGCCGCCGCUGCCGCCGCUCGCCGCCGCCCUCCACACCGCAGCAGCGCGAGACCGGAAGAGGGAGGCCGUAAUGCCGCGCAGACUCUAGGGAUGCGGGAGGACCCGGCGCUCCAGGCCCCGCCCACGACGCGAGAGGGUCGCUGUCGCGAAGAGCGGCUGCGGGGCAGCUUUACGACUGGCGCCGCUUUGCGGCAGGUCCCCCCGGAGGCGUCCGGCAGCUUUCGGCCUCCCGAGCUGCCUGCGGUUUCCUGA